AUGUAUACAGUGCCAGAUCGAACUGUGGCCACUUUGAUGGACACAAUCCAGGCCUGCAUCGCUCCGGCUCAAUCAUUAUCUCCGAUAUGUGGGCAUCAUACCAAGGAAUUGAAACGAUGAUUGACAUGAAUUAUAUUCAUGAAACGGUUAAUCAUUUCGAAAACUUUGUGGAUCUAACGACUGGAGUUCACACACAAACCAACGAAUCUCUUUGCCACAUCUAUAAGAUGCAGAAUGAAAGCCAAUGCGGCACAAAUCGAUCUUUAGUGAAGGCACAGGUACCGAAAAAAGGACAUUUUCGUGCAAAUUAUUAAUGACGUCCCAAUUUCACCUUCAAUAA